UCAUAUUUUUAAUAGGAUUAUAUUUAUAUUAAUGUGGUCGAGUGUGUGUUAUGCUGAGGAGAGAUGAUGCAAGUCGGCGCCUCUCUGAACUGGAAUACGCACUGGCUGGGGCCAGCAGCGGGUUCGUAACCCGAUUCCUGAGUCAGCCGAUUGAUGUUCUCAAGAUCCGGUUUCAGAUUCAGUCGGAAAAUGUGUCCGGGAAGAGGAAGCCGAAGUACCGUGGAAUGGUACAAGCAUCGAGAAAAAUUCUACGCGAAGAAGGUUUUCAUGCUUUUUGGAAAGGACAUGUGCCGGCGCAAUUCCUUCAAGUCACCUACAGCAGUGUUCAAUUCGGGACCUUCGAACUUUACUCCGCAUAUGCAUCCCGGCUGUUUCCAGCAUUCAGCAAACAAAAACAGCACGUGAAGCAUUUCAUUUGUGGGACUUUUGCGGGAGUGAGUGCAACUACUGCCUCAUUUCCGCUCGAUCUCAUCAGAACUUGUUUGGUUGCUCAAGGAGAACCAAAGGUGUAUUCUUCCAUGUAUUCAGUGGGACGAAGAGUGAUCAAGAAAAAUGGAUUACUUGGGCUUUACAAGGGUCUUGGACCAUCCAACGUUCAAGUUGCUCCCUACACGGGUUUCCAGUUUGGAUUUUACUCGGUUUUCAUGAACUUUUUUCAACCUCUGUUGGGAAGGGAAGACGGAAGGAGUAUGUCUUGUCCGUUAUUCAGCGGGGCCUUUGCCGGAUUCGCUGCAAAAAGUCUCGUGUAUCCACUGGAUGUUGUGAAAAAGCGGUUACAAAUACAGGACAUGGGGGAAAUACGAGCGUCACAUUUCGGGAAGCUGCGACAAUAUGACGGUCUAGUCGACUGCAUACGAAAAAUGGUCCAAUACGAAGGUUUCAAAGGACUGUACAAAGGCUACGUUGCAAGUUCGUGGAAGGCGUCGACAGAAUAUGCCUUGGCCGGCGCCGGAAGCGGGAUCAUUACGCGGUUGCUUUGCCAACCGUUCGACGUGUUGAAAAUACGGUUUCAGAUACAAACGGAAAUGCGAACGUCGACUACGAAGCCGAAGUAUCGCAGUUUGAUUCAAGCCACAAAGAAAAUUCUUCGGGAAGAAGGAUCUCAAGCGUUUUGGAAGGGUCAUCUUCCCGCUCAGUUGCUAUCGAUAGCAUUUGGCGGAGUGCAAUUCACGUCUUUUGAGCUGUUCACGAAAAUCGCGUGGCUGUUGGACGCCCCUGGAUCGGGGCACUCGGGUCACCACCACGGGCAUAUUUUGCAUUUCUUUUGUGGGGUUUGCGCCGGCGUGACAGCCACUACUUUGACGUUCCCCUUGGAUCUGAUCAGAACGUGUCUCGUUGCUCAAGGAGAGCCCAAGAUCAAGGAAGGGAAAAAACUGUGCUCAGAACUUUACUAAGUGGAGGAUUGUCUGGAAUGGCUGCCAAAUCUCUUGUGUAUCCUUUGGAUGUUGCCAAGAAAAGAAUGCAGAUUCAAAACAUGGAAGAAAUCCGGGCACCGCAUUUUGGGAAGCUGAAGAAGUAUCGAAAUUUGGUGCACUGCAUGCAGUCAAUGAUGAAGCAUGAGGGCAUGCGAGGUCUCUUCAAAGGUUACUCAGCAAGCUUAUGGAAAGCUGCCCUGUCAUCGGGCUUCCAUUUCUGCAUUUACGAGCAAAUUUGCAACUUCUUCCGCUAUCAUCCGAUCAGGCUCUUGUGAAAAGUUUGCAUCAAGUUCAGCAGCAUUCGUGGUUAGAAAUGGAGUAUCAUUUUUGUCUGGGUCCAGCGAAAUCAAUGCUUUGAAACAGUGCCUUUCGUCGACAAAAUUCACUACCGUUAUAAAAUGAUGGCAGGGUACAGAAACUAUCCACUUGAUUUUUGGGAUGGGAUUCUGCGCAUUACGAAAGAGCUAUUUUGAAAUUGAGAGUUUCACUUGGGGGAAAUAUUUCAGAAUUGUUCGAAGUUAAGAAACCUCAUGACCUGGACGGAGGAAAAAAAAUGGUUGCGUUGAAAAUCGUUGGACCCAGAAUCGUCGUUGACCUUUUUCAGUUUUCUGCGGUGAUCUAACGAGAUUCGGAGAGUGGAUUGGAUUGAUUGAAAAUGUGAACUGACUCAUUCCGUGUGAGCCAGGAUAGUGAGCUAGCCAUGUAAGCUAAAAAGUCGAGAUUUUUAGUUGAAAAAUUAGGAACGCGAGCUUUAUGGUAGCAUCAAAUGAUUGCCAUGAUGAACGGGGUUUAGUUGAAAUGCAGUUUUGAACGGAAAUA